UCCACAAAUCCCUGUCCUUGCCGCCGCCGCUCGCCCCCGUCUCCCGGAUUUCGCCGCCGCCGCCGCUCGCCGCCGCUCGCCGCCCACGCUUCCUACCCGCCGACGAGAUGACGAAGCGUACCAAGAAAGCUGGAAUUGUCGGCAAAUAUGGUACACGUUAUGGUGCCAGUCUGCGUAAGCAGAUCAAGAAGAUGGAGGUGUCUCAGCACUCAAAGUACUUCUGUGAGUUCUGUGGGAAGUUUGCUGUGAAGAGGAAAGCAGUUGGAAUUUGGGGAUGCAAGGACUGUGGGAAGGUGAAGGCUGGCGGUGCUUACACCAUGAACACUGCCAGCGCGGUCACUGUCAGGAGCACUAUCCGUCGCUUGAGGGAACAGACUGAAGCAUAAGUUGUUACUAGUGUUUUGUCCUAGUGAAUCAUCUGGGAUUUUGCAGUUUAGACGAUACUUUGGAUUCAGUUCCGUUGCCUGUUUAGUCAAGGAUAUCUUUGUACUUGGUGCCAUGGAUGUUCUGUUAUGUUAUUCUUCCACCCUUUUGUUGCCUGA